UUCUUAUUGUUAAAUCACAGUAUAGAUUUUAGUUGUCAGUUUACGAGUUACAGAACUGUAAAAGUGCAUUUCUGUACCGCUGAAACAAAAUAAGACCUUGACAAAGAAGUUGCAAAUUGUGAACUGUAUAAACAGUUAUGGAAAGUUAUAGUUUUGUUGUUGCUUUGUUCCUUUUACUUCACUGUGUAUUCGGAAAUCCAUUUUUUUCACACGAUUCAGAGGGAAGGUAUGUUUCUGUGGUAUUGGAUCAAGAUUCACAGACACUUGUUGUAAAAAAUGAUGUAACUGAAGAUUUUGUUGCAGUAGGUUUUUUCAAAAAUUCAAUGAACGAAAGUGGUUGGUCCAAGUUACAUGUGACUACAAAUGGGAUAUACGAUGAUAUGCUACAAGCAGAAGCUGCUGGCAUUGCAGAAGGUUACUUGACAGCUGAUCAUAUUAGCAUGACCUAUCAGAACACAUUGAAUGAUUAUUGCGUAAACGAAAAAGACUUCUGCGAAAAACUUGAACAAUUUUUAGAUGAUAAUGCAAAAUGGUCAUCUGAACAAAUAUUAUUAAAAACAAACUUAAUGAGCUCAUACUGGCAACAGGUUGCACUUAUUAACAAACAGCUAGAAGGGCUACUUAAGGGGUAUCUUCAGACUAACACUCAACCUGUACUAAAUUUAUUCAAUUUCAGGUUGUUACAAUUGGGAGGUGACUUAGAAGACAUUGAACAAGUGCUUGGAAAAAAAAAUUUAAGGAAGGUUUAUGGGUCAGGAUCUUGUUCUGCUUUUGUAAAGUUGUUUUCUAACAAUGCAGAUCUUGUAAUUUCUCAGGUCACAUGGUCAGAUUAUAGCACUAUGCUUCGAAUAUUCAAGUAUUAUAAUUUUACUCUCCAUGAUGCACAAGGUAACUUGAUUCCUGGAAAUAAGCAAAGUUUCUCAUCAUAUCCUGGAUCACUUUUCAGUGGGGAUGACUUUUAUAUUCUGAGCAGUGGAUUAGUCACUCAAGAGACAACAAUUGGAAAUGGUAACCCUGACCUUUGGAAAUAUGUUAAGCCAACAUCUCUCAUGGAAUGGGUUAGAAAUAUUGUUGCAAAUAGGCUAGCAAGUACUGCAAGUGAGUGGUGUUAUUUGUUUGAACGAUAUAACAGUGGUACAUACAAUAACCAAUGGAUGGUGCUUGAUUACAAAUUAUUUGAAGCUGGUAAGCCUAUAAAGCCUGACACUUUUUGGGUUUUGGAACAGCUUCCAGGAAUAGUACAAAUGGCAGAUAUGUCAGUAUAUUUACAAGAUAAUGGUUAUUGGGCAAGCUAUAACAUUCCGUAUUUUCCUUAUAUAUACAACAUAAGUGGAGUUUCUGAGUCAUUAAAGAUGUAUGGAGAUUGGUUUGACUACAAUCUAAAUCCACGUGCUCAAAUAUUUAAAAGAGAUCAUACAAAAGUGUCUGAUAUGCAAUCUUUAUUCAAGUUGAUGAGGUACAACGACUUUAAAAAUGAUCCAUUUGGUAAAUGUAAUUGUACUCCACCAUAUAGUGCUGAAAAUGCAAUUUCAUCACGUAACGAUUUAAAUCCAGCUAACGGAAGUUAUCCAUUUGGUGCUCUUAGUCAUCGUAAACAUGGUGCAACUGAUUGCAAAGCAACAAAUUCACAACUAGCAAAAACUUUAUCUCAAUUCAUUGUUAGUGGGCCAACAUUUGACCAACAACCACCUUUUCAAUGGUCCAAAACAGAAUGGAGUCGCCCUCUUGGUCAUCCCGAUGUUUUUCAUUUUGAUCCAAUAUUACUUGAUUGGAGUAAAGAAGAUUGGAUUCAUUUGUAGUAAAGAAGAAUUGUUUGUAUUAAAGAAGAAUUAAUAGAUUUGUUUUUUAAAAA